AUGACGAUAUCGUCUUCCAUCAGAUCUCGAUUUAGAAGUGGAUUAGAAUCAAAUCAAAUAGAUGAUGAUUAUUUAACUCCUUCCACUCCUUCCCAAACAAAUUUAAGAGAACGGCGAAAUCAUUCCGCACAGCAAUAUUUAAAUCAAAAUGACAAUUCCAAUCAAUCUUUACCUGCUUUGAAUCAUCAAAUCUCACAAACAAAUCUUAGAUCUUCACUAUCACAAAACUCUAGAUCUGUAUCAUUUCCUACUAUACAUUCGUCAAAUUUAUAUCAUCAUCAACAAAGUUUACAGAAUCUUCAUGGAAUAGAUCCCCUCAAUGAUCCAGUUGAAUACGAUCCAAAUCUUGUCGACUCAAGUAUUUUACAUGAUCAACAAUUUGAUCCAGAUGAAGCAGUACCUACAUAUGAAACAUCUCAAAUGCUACAUCAAAAUAGUUCAAAUAAUCUACAUCAUAUAAAUUACGAAUCAUCAUAUCCAACACAAUCCCAGCCAUUAUUGCAUAAUCGACAAGAUUCCUCGAAUGAUAUUGCAUCAACAUUAUUAUCCCAUUUAUAUACACCAAUUCCAUCAUUACCAAUCCCAAGAAACAAUUCAACUUCAAUGUUACAUCUGGAAUCUUCAGAAUCAUCAUUACUGAAUAAUACAAUAUCAUAUAAUCCAGAUCAUUCAUCACAAAUUCAUCAAUCUACAUCGUCUAUAACUUUACAUAAUCAUCAACAACAAAAUAAACAACAAAAUAAAAAUAAAUUUAAACAAACAUCAAUAAAAAAAUUAGGUUUAAAAUUUUUAAAUGCAAGACAACAUUUUUUAUUAGCAAGUUGUAGAGAUGUUAGUUUAUUACCUCCCUUAUUUGGAUUAUUUCAAUCAUGGAAAAGAAUAUAUAUUGAAGAAGAAAGAAUUAUUGAUUUACCAAUAAAUAGAAAAUUAACUACAGCAAGAGGUUUAGAACAUUUUUUAACUGGAUUAUGGUGUAUUGUUGCAACUUAUUUAUCUUAUUCAAUUUUAGAUUCUUUAUUAGUAAGAUGGAUUAUAACUUAUUCUACUUCUGCUGCAAUAGUUAGAGUAUUAUCAAUGUCAACAAUAAUGAUAACUAUAGAAUUAUAUUUAGUAAGUACUUUUAGUGCUACUGGAUAUCAAUAUGGUUUACAUAUUUGGAUUUUAAUAAGUUGUUUAUUAACUUUAACUUUUAUUGUUCAAAAUUUUGUUACUUCAAAUUUACAAUUAGAAAUAAAUCAAACAGAAUUACAACAAAAAAGAAAUUCGAAUCAUAUAAUUAAUGAUGAGGAAGAACAGGGAAUUGAAUUAGUGGCUGGUCCACAACAAUCACAAUCACAAUCAUCACAAUCGUCACAAUCACAAUCACAAAGAAAAUUAAAUAAUAUGAAACGACAACGACUGAAACCAAGAAGAUUUUUUGAUUUUUAUAAUAUUGUUGUAUUCGCUGUUGUACCAGUAGGUUUAGCAAGUUUUGUUACUAUGAUUGGUUUAUUAAGAUCUUUAUUAAUUUUAAGGAUUGAUGUUGAUCAAGCUUUUCAGCAAGUAAGGUAG